GCUGAGGUUUGACAGAGGCUGCCGGCUCAGCGCGCCCGGACUGCAUCCCCCGCCGGCCCCCGCGGCGUGGGCCGUUGCCUCUUCCGGUUUGGGGACGAGUUGCUGGUCGGAGGCGAAUUGCAAGGGCUAACUUCCUCGGUGCUUAAAAUCUGAGAAAAAUGGAAAAUGUGGAUAGUGAUUCCAGGCAUCUUAUCCCUGAGGUAGAACAAGAAGUAAAUCCUGGACCUAUGAAUAUCCAGUUUGAUUCAUCUGACCUAAGAUCUAAAAGGCCUUUCUAUAUAGAGCCUACAAACCUUGUCAAUGUGAAUAAUGUCAUUCAGAGGGUUAGUGACCAUGCCUCAGCGAUGAACAAGAGGAUUCAUUACUACAGCCGACUCACCACUCCUGCAGACAAGGCACUGAUUGCUCCAGAUCAUGUAGUUCCAGCUCCAGAGGAGUGCUAUGUGUAUAGUCCACUGGGCUCUGCUUAUAAACUUCAGAGUUAUACUGAAGGCUAUGGUAAAAAUACCAGUUUAGUGACUAUCUUUAUGAUUUGGAAUACCAUGAUGGGAACAUCUAUACUAAGUAUUCCUUGGGGCAUAAAACAGGCUGGAUUUACCACUGGAAUGUGUGUUAUCAUGCUGAUGGGCCUUUUAACACUUUAUUGCUGCUAUAGAGUGGUGAAAUCACGAGCUUUGAUAUGUACGUCAGACACAACUACCUGGGAGUAUCCAGAUGUCUGCAAACACUAUUUCGGCUCUUUUGGGCAGUGGUCAAGUCUCCUUUUCUCCUUGGUGUCUCUUAUUGGAGCAAUGAUAGUCUAUUGGGUGCUUAUGUCUAAUUUUCUUUUUAAUACUGGAAAGUUUAUUUUUAAUUUUAUUCAUCACAUUAAUGAUACAGACACUAUACUGAGAACCAAUAAUAGCAACCCUGUGAUUUGUCCAAGUGCUGGGAGUGGCAGCCAUCCUGACAACAGCUCCAUGAUCUUCUACACUAAUGAUACAGAGGUCCAACAGUUUGAAAAGUGGUGGAAUAAGUCCAAGACAGUGCCUUUCUACCUUAUAGGACUUCUCUUGCCACUGCUCAAUUUCAAAUCUCCUUCGUUUUUUUCGAAGUUUAAUAUCCUAGGUACAGUAUCUGUUCUCUAUUUGAUUUUUCUUGUUACCUUGAAGGCUAUUCGCUUGGGAUUUCAUUUGGAAUUUCAUUGGUUUGUGCCAACAGAAUUUUUUGUACCAGAGAUAAGAUUUCAGUUUCCACAGCUGACUGGAGUGCUUACUCUUGCUUUCUUUAUUCAUAAUUGUAUUAUCACACUCUUGAAAAACAACAGGAAUCAAGAAAAUAAUGUGAGAGACCUGUGCAUUGCUUAUAUGCUGGUGACAUUGACUUACCUUUAUAUUGGAGUCCUGGUUUUUGCCUCAUUUCCUUCACCUCCACUAUCCAAAGACUGUAUUGAGCAGAACUUUUUAGACAACUUCCCUAGCAGUGACACCCUGUCCUUCAUUGCAAGGAUAUUCCUGCUGUUCCAGAUGAUGACCGUAUACCCACUCUUAGGCUACUUGGCUCGUGUUCAGCUAUUGAGCCAUAUCUUCGGUGACGUUUAUCCUAGCAUUUUCCAUGUGCUGAUUCUUAAUUUAAUUAUUAUGGGAGCUGGAGUGAUCAUGGCCUGUUUCUACCCAAACAUAGGAGGGAUCAUAAGUGACAUGGCCUAAAUUAGUCUUUCAUAUUUUCAUCAUGGUUUUGGGCCUGGCUAACCUGAUUGCUCAGUUUUUUAUGUGAAAACUGUUUUCUCAAGAUUUCUUAUGGUAUUUUGGCAACAGUUCUGCAUAAACGAACUUGUAAAUGC